ACUACAUACAUUAUUUGCCCAGGUAGAGAACGAGAAGCUUUUAAACACCGGAGUUGAUUUCGACGGAUCUUUAGACCUUAGACAUUUAGAGUACUUAAUUGUUUCGUCAAAAGUAUUACAGGAAGUCAGUUGGAAACUUGUGGAGCUAUCAUGGAAAAGAUCUUGAAAUCACUGAAAGAAAAUGGCAUCAAGACUGUCCGAUUUGAACAAUCGCAGACCUAUGGAAUUCCUCAUAAUCGAGCUAUCCCGGUCAAACACUUCGAGAAUAUGGCUACCCAUGGAGUCAACAUGUGCCUUACCUACAUGGCAUUGGAUCCGAAAGGGAUGCCUAUUCAGAACACCGGCUAUGGCGGAGAGGUCCACUAUGCUGACUGCAAGGCAUUCCCUGACCUAGACACCUUCCAGAUUCUACCAUGGUGUACCAGCACUGCUAGAGUCUUGAUUGAAGGGGAAUACAAUGGGCAGAAGGUACCUGUUUACCCUAGGGUUGUUGCCAAACAACAACUUGAGCGCUUGAAGGAGUUAGAUCUGUCCAUUUGGUCAGCCCAUGAGCACGAAUUUUACCUCGUGAACAAAGAAACACUGGAGCCAAUGGACUCUGAGACAUUCGUUUUAGCAACAAUUUGCUCGUCUGUCUACGAUUCUUUCUUCCAGCAGGUUAUUUCCGAUCUUCCACAGGCUGGUGUUGACAUCGAGUGUUACGGGUGUGAAGCCGGAGAAGGACAGUUGGAGAUCACCUACCGUCCAGAGUUUGGGAUCAAGGCUGCCGACACAGCUCAUACCUUCAAACUGGGAAUCAAGGAGAUCGCACUUCAGCACGGAUACAUCGCUUCGUUCAUGUCUAAGCCAUGGCCAGAUAUAUUCGGUUCAUCAGCGCACUACUGCCAUUCGCUCUGGGAUGCUGAUGGUAAGAUUCCGAAACUCUACGAUGCCUCUAGCUCUACCGGUUUGUCGGAGAUCGGGCAGUACUGGGUGGCUGGACUCAUUGCGCAUGCCAGAGCUAUCACCGUUUUAAUGGCACCGACCACAAACUGCCUCAAGAGAUUUCAACAGAAUUCUGCUGCUCCUUGGAACGCCACUUGGGGUCCUGACAACCGAACCUGCGCCAUCAGGGUCAAGGCAGAUGGAGAGACGAGCACCUACAUCGAGAAUCGGAUAGGAGCAAGCGCAUGUAAUCCGUACAUCAGUAUGGCUGCAACCAUUGCAGCAGGAUUAGAUGGUAUCAUCAAGAAACUCCCGCUUCCAGAAGGCAUUGAUGGUGAAGGAGAUGCGUAUAAUGACGAGCAUGUUCCCGAAGGAACCCAGAAGCUACCUGAGACCAUGGAAGAGGCGGUGGAAGCUUUGCUGGAAGAUAAAGUCAUCACUGAAGCCCUUGGCCCCGAGUUCAUUAAAUGCUUUGUGGCAGCAAAGAGGCACGAUAUUCAGUUGGAAAAGGAGGCAAUAGCCAAAGGAAAAUGCGAAGAGUGGGAGAGGAAAUAUCUAUUUUAUAUGAUGUAAACAUGUACAAUUGCCGUUCUAUGUUUCAAUAACAAUUGACUGUGCUUUUGUUAAAAUUGUAAGUCAGACAGAGAAAUAUCAUUCAUCCGGGUUUUAAUUAGACACUUAGGGGUAGUCCACCCGAAUAUUACAUUGGUUUUAACAAAAUAAGAAAAUAAGAGAAACAAGUUAGUAAAAGUUUGAGCAAUAACCGAUUAAAAAAAGGAAAGUUAUGAAUUUACGAAAUUGUUUUCAGUGAAACACAGAUUGGCAACAUUGUGACGUAUCUUGUGAGCUCUUCUUCAAUUUGCUCUGUACAGAAGAUUUUCAACUUAUAUUUUCUUAGUUAUAGAUGAAUAGGUUCGUUUCAUACAGGGGUUGUAUAAAAACAUAUUUGCAAUGAUUAUAUUUAGGGUGAAUGUACGAUUGAACAGUUUCUUAAGGGAAAAUAUAAUCAUUAUUUUUAGUACAGGACGAAUUUGAGGAGAGCUCGAAAAAUACGUCACAGAGUUGCCAACUGGUGUAUGAUGAUUGCACCUUCAACAAUUCAUGAUUUCCUAAUCUUUAAUCGGUUGUUGCUCAAUAUUUCACUGACCUGUUUCUCUUAUUUUCUGCUCCUGUUAAAACAAACUUAAUAUUAGAGUGGACUUCCCCUUUAACAGUGCUUCAAAAUGAUAGAAUUAAUAUCAAUUAUUCAUUCUCAUUUGUCCCCUCAUGAUCGAUAAACGGUAAAUGCAAGAUGUUGCAAGUAAUUGUUAAAAGAUGUUGCAAGUAAUUGUUAAAAGAUUUGUAUUCAUUUGCUAGUUUCGAAGUAAAUCAAAUUGAAUCAUGGAUUUAAUAAAGUUAUGGUAAUAUUCGGAGGGAGGGUCGUUCUCGAAAAUGUCGAGAGAAAAGUAAAAAA